AUGUUAUACCUUAAACCAAACGACCACUACCGGUACUGGUGUGUAUCUUCCCCAAUAUAAUCUCCUCCAUUUUCGCCCAUCCAGGCUUUUAGAUCUGUUGUGAAAAAAACAAAAAAUGAAUAGGUGCGCUUAUCAGCAAACGGUCUUGGUGGGUUGUGUUGGAGCUGGAGAAAUUAGACGGGGAGAUAUCUAUGUGUCUGAUGGUGUUGUUUGCCCCAAACCCAUCAGACCUUCUACAUCGCUGCAAAUCACUAAUUAUCAACCGGAGGCUUAUGACUUGAAAGCUGGAACUGAACUUCUGGAUAUCAUCCUCACCAAGGGGAGAUAUGAUAUGGAGACGCCCAAUUUUGAUAUGGCUGCAUCUCCACCAUUCUUUUUCGGGUCUCCACCAAGCAGGACAUCGAAUCCCUUAAUUCAGGAUUCCGAGUUCAGCAACAACAAUUUUGUUCCUUUACUUGCAAUUCCAGAAGAACCAGCUGCACCUUCACCGCCACCUUCUUUUACCUCCAACUCAGCUCGUAAGAACGGAGGUGGCUGCGUUCCAGCUGCUGUGAGGAUUGAAGGGUUCAAUUGCUGCAGCAGCAUCUCUGCUGCUGUAGCUUAGGUAAAUCAUGUCGAAGAGAUGAUAAAGAAACAAAGACAACAAAGAUUAAGUUUGUAAAAAUGUGAGAUUUUUGGGGAGAGGUGAGAAACCAAAAUAAAUUCGUUUUAGCCUUGAUAUAUAGAGUGAAAGAAAGAGGGGUAACCAUGAGUUAUGUUAUCCAGUCAUUCAAAUCCUGUUUGUGAAUAUGUUUACGAGCUGAUGAAUGAGUGUUAAGUUGAAAUCGGGAAAACAAUAAACCGAGGAACCCAAAGAGUAGAGAGAGGCCAAAAGAUUGACCCUUUUUCUAUUGGGAUUGCCAGAUUUUCUUUUCAAGUAUUAGGCUAAGUUAUGUAAUAAGUAUAUACUGUAGUGUGAAAGACUCGUAAGAGGCUUUUUCUUUGUGACUGAAAAGUUUGUCACUCUUAUCCUUCAUUGUAAUUGUUAUUCAAAGGGGAGGAGAAGAUGGUCUUCUUUUACAAA